AUGGCUGAAUCCUUGAAAAUUGCUGGUCUCACUCUUGAUGACUCUCAACAUGCUCCUGGCCACGCCACUGGUCGUGCCCCCUACAUACCUCCCCACCUUCGCUCCCAACAGCGUGGACCCGUGGCCCCCCCGAUGCCCGUUGAUGGUGCUCAGGCAACCCCGCAGAAUCGCCCUCCGAUGAAUGCUGGCGCAGCUGGCGGAGCCGGCGGAGCUUGGGCGGCAAAUGGCGCCCAGAACAACUGGAAUGCUCGUCCUGCCAACAACGUGAAUGGUACCCCUGGUUGGAAUGCGGGCGGUGGUCCUCGUUUUGAUCCAAAUGCAUAUGGCCACCCAGGCAGUCGUGGAGGUCAAAGUUAUGGCGGCGGUGCUCCAUCUGGUGGUGGCGCCGCUCGUGGCUCUGGUGAUGGUCAGUGGCGUGAUGGAAAGCACGUGCCCGGCCCAGCAAACGCUCGCCUUGAACGCGAACUUUUCGGUGUUCCCAACGACCCUUCCAAGCAGCAUACCGGCAUCAACUUUGCAAACUACGACGAUAUCCCAGUGGAGGCAUCCGGUCACGAUGUCCCAGAUCCGGUCACUGCUUUCACCAACCCUCCAUUGGACGAUCAUUUGUUGUCGAACAUUAAACUGGCUAGCUACAAGACCCCAACUCCUGUCCAGAAAUACUCUAUUCCAAUUGUGAUGGGUGGCCGUGAUUUGAUGGCUUGUGCCCAGACAGGUUCCGGAAAGACUGGUGGUUUCCUCUUCCCGAUUCUCUCCCAAGCAUUCCAAAAUGGCCCAUCUUCUAUGCCCGCUCAAAAUUUAGGCUAUGGUCGCCAGCGAAAAGCUUACCCAACGUCAUUGAUCUUGGCCCCUACUCGCGAGUUGGUAUCCCAAAUCUAUGACGAAGCCCGUAAAUUCGCCUAUCGAUCUUGGGUCCGCCCCUGUGUUGUAUAUGGCGGUGCCGAUAUUGGAGGCCAGCUUCGCCAGGUUGAGCGUGGUUGUGAUCUUCUUGUCGCUACCCCUGGACGUCUCGUCGACCUUAUUGAGCGCGGUCGGAUUUCGCUCUGCAAUAUCAAGUAUCUCGUGCUUGAUGAGGCUGAUCGCAUGUUGGACAUGGGUUUCGAACCUCAGAUUCGCCGCAUUGUCGAGGGUGAAGAUAUGCCUCCCGUCAAUGGACGCCAGACUCUCAUGUUCUCUGCCACUUUUCCUCGUGAUAUUCAGAUGCUUGCGCGCGACUUUUUGAAAGAUUACGUAUUCUUGUCCGUUGGGCGUGUCGGGUCAACUUCUGAGAACAUCACCCAGAAGGUCGAAUACGUUGAAGAUGGUGACAAACGCUCUGUACUGCUGGACAUCCUCCACACCCAUGGUUCUGGACUCACUCUUAUUUUUGUUGAGACCAAACGUAUGGCCGACUCCCUUUCCGAGUUUCUCAUCAACCAGAGCUUCCCCGCCACUGCUAUUCACGGCGAUCGUACUCAACGUGAGCGUGAGCGCGCUCUUGAAUACUUCCGCAAUGGCCGCUGCCCAAUCCUUGUCGCCACUGCCGUUGCUGCUCGUGGUCUUGAUAUUCCAAACGUUACCCAUGUAGUCAACUACGACCUUCCAACCGACAUUGAUGACUACGUUCACCGCAUUGGCCGUACCGGUCGUGCUGGAAACACGGGUCUCUCAACUGCCUUUUUCAAUCGUGGUAACCGUGGCGUUGUCCGUGACCUCAUCGAAUUGCUCAAGGAAGCUCACCAGGAAGUCCCUGCCUUUUUGGAGAGUAUUGCUCGUGAGGGCAGUGGUUAUGGUGGUCGUGGUGGGCGAAGCGGCGGCCGAGGCCGAGGAACAAAUGCCACUCGUGAUAUGCGCCGCAUGGGCGGUGGUGGUCCCCCUGCCAUGAGCAGUGGUCCAUCCUACGGCGGUGGCUUUGGCAGCGGUGGUAACUACAGCAGCGGUGGCAAUUUCGGCGGCGCUCCCUCCUACGGCGGCUAUAGUGGUGGGGGUGGUUACGGUGGCGGCUACGGUAACCCCUCUGGUCCCACUGGACCGUCUUCCUGGUGGUAG